GUCGCGUGCGUUCGAUGGUUAAGGCAAAUGCCAAGAGUAAUAUAGAGAGAGCUCCACUAAAAGGUGAGGCGAGCGAACUCCGAGACUCCCACCCGACAUACUACACACAAAGAAGAAGAAAAGGAGGAGUGAGAUCUGAACCAUACAUGGCGGUGUCGUCCGAUUUGAAGUUCGUACUAUUGGAAAUACUACCGACGCCUGAACUGAUGGCGCAAGGACGGGAGCUCCGUAUCCAAAAUCACCUGGAGAUGGUUCACGAUUGCAUCUGGGCCCUCAAUGCGGCGAUCAUGGAUGCCCAGAUGCGAGCGUUGAAGGAGCCGGAGGUGGAGGAUUGGGUGAACGACGUCGGGAUAGCCGUCGCGGACGUUGAAGACCUGCUCCGCAGCAUCCUGGGCCGGCAACCGAGGGGAGCGGCGGCAUCCGACCUCUUGCCGUGCUCCUUCCCCAACGUCGAUGGAGUAGCAUCUCGCCAUGCUAUUCUACUAGAGCUGGAGGAGAAGGCACGCAGGUUGAAUUACCUCGUGAGGAGAGGGUCUUCGCUGUGCCUUCGAAAGGAGAUGAUGGAUUCUACAUAUCCACGACGAGAAGAAGAAGAAGAAAAAAAAAAAGAGUAUUUCACCAUCUUGAGAGAAGAGGUGGUGGGAAGAGACCGAGAAGUAGAAAAAAUCAUACAUGAAAUCUAUCGGAAGCAGCAACAACGAUCCAACAAUGUGCAUGAUCAUGAUGGGCUUUGGUUCAUCGUCCUAUUCGGCGGGUCUAUGGUGGGGAAGACGUCCAUCGCUCGCAUGGUUUACCACCACCCAUGGGUAUGCCAGCAUUUUAGUCAUCGAGUCUGGAUUGACGGGUCCAAAUUAUCCGCUUUCAACACCAUAUGGGUCAUCAAAGAAUUUAUGAGAUUGAUAGCCGGGGAGCCAUGCGAGGACGUCUGGUUGUCUUAUGAUCGAUUCGGUGAAAGUCACAGAUACUUCCUCAUCCUAGAUGACUUCCUUAUUGGGUCGGAUGACCAGGACAAGUUCGAUCAAUUGGAGCACUUUCUCCUUCUCGUGGGUGAACCGGGCAGCAUUGUGAUGCUCACCGGUGAUUACGACGUCAAUAUAUUUUCAGAAAGGUGGCACAGUUGCUUAAGACACAAUGUUGGUACUAUAUCGAAGGACGAUUGGGUAAAUCUAUUCAUGAGACACGCACUGAGCCAUCCUGAUCAGGCCGAGGUGGAGGAAGAAAGGAUGCUAGUUUCGUUAGCCCAUAGAAUUUAUAAAUAUUAUUUCGGAUGGUUUCCCAUAUAUGCCAAGGUGUUGGGCUCGAUAUUCAAAUACACAGAGAUGAGUCGAUGGCAAGAAGAAAUAGAUGCUCUGUGUAUGACGGAGCAAAGAGAACACAAUCAGCAUUUCAAUUUGAUGUUGCUACAUUAUCUUUCUCCAAUAUUUGCACGAUCAUGCUUGUAUCAGUUGUUGAUUCCACAGGAUUACAUCUCCGGCUAUGCUGACUUGUUGCACGUACUCGUUGCCGAAGGCAUUCCACGCAAAGCGAAGAAAGAGAUUUUUAUGCGUCCUCUCUUAUACUCAUUAUUCAAAAUAGUUCAUAGACCAUUAGUAAUAUCAAUAAAUAGUGUCUUGGAGCGAUGCUACUUCCGGAUGAGGGUUGGUCGUGAUUCCACAAUCCCACGACAAUGCCUCCAUCUACAAUUGCUCGUGGAUUCCUGUACAUCCGCAUUUCCCACGACCUUAUCAGCAAAAGUAAACAACAAGCUGAGAACCCUAUCUUUGCAUAGGGAGGAGGAGAUGGUUCUGAAACAACAGCUAUGCCAGAUCACUGAUAUCCCGACAGCCAUGUUUGCAAACCUUAUACAUCUACGCAUCUUACAUUUAGGUGCUACAAGGAUCCAACAACUUCCUCACACAGUUGGUAAGUUAUUAAACUUGAGAUACCUCAACAUUUCUCAUAGCGAGAUCGAAGUACUUCCUGCAUCCUUGUGCAACCUUCGAAAUUUGCGGGUUCUAAAUCUAGCUUGGUGUGAGAAGCUCCGAAAACUACCAGAACAGAUCCACAAUCUUAGAAGUCUACAGAUCUUGAAGCUAGCUUUUUGUGCAAGGCUUCAGAGCCUACCUAAAUCCAUCAUAGGCCUUGUGAAUCUGCAAGAGUUAGAUCUUGGAGAUUGUCAUGGUCUCGUCGAGUUACCUAAGGAUUUUGGUAACCUGAGAAAGUUGACGAAAGUGAAUAUGAUCAGGUGUGGUUCUUUGACACGAAUGCCCAGUGGAUUAGAGCAUAUGCAUAACCUCCAAACAUUAUCCGGAUAUUCGAUCAGUAGUAUUGGAGAUGUCAUCUCAGAGUUGCAACCUCUAAAAGUCCUCGAAGAAUUUGAUCUGUGGAACCUUCAAGUCGUCUCAAAGCCGGAGGAUGCUUCGACUCCUCCGAUACUACUACAAGACAUACUACCCAAGCUUAAAUGUUUGGCACUACAUUGGAAAUGGUAUAAUAUUGAUGAUGCCGAGAUAGCUUCUGAUGUUAUAUCGCUGCAGGUACUUGAGGGACUCCAGCCUAAUAUAUAUUUGAGCAAACUAGAGAUCACUUCGUAUUUUGGUAAGGAAUUCCCGAGAUGGAUUAAAAAUAUGAUUCUCUAUCUUUAUAAUUUGAAGGAAAUUAGAUUGGUCAACCUCCGGAGAUGUGAAAGGCUACCACCACUUGGGAAUCUACCUUAUAUUAGGAUUAUUGAGAUAAGCAGCAUGGAUUCAAUUACUGUUGUGGAUGAAACAUUCUAUACUAGAGAUACUUCGACAUUUAUAAGUUUAGAUAAACUUAUUUUCUCUGAAAUGCCUCGGCUGGAAAAAUGGGCAGCAGAUACACAAAACAAAUAUGAUGUAGGGCGCAUUACAGAAUUGACACUGAUCCAGUGCCCAAAAUUGAGGACAUGGGAGUCGAACCCGAAGGUGACAAAGUUGAACGUUUGGUUGAACAAUGGGAUGUUAUGGCAUUGUCAAUCCGUGGGUUGGCAGAGACUCAUCAGUGGUAUUCUCGAGUUGACGAUUGUUGGAUGCCAAGAGCUGAGGCAAUUGCCACAAGUUCUACAGUCGAAUGGAAGGGUCAGACAGUUGACCAUUAUUAGCUGCAAUAAAUUGAUCUCGUUACCAGAUUGGAUGGUAGAAAUCGGAUCUCUAAAAUCUUUGUUUAUAUCUGGUUGCAAAGAGCUGUCAUACAUACCACCGCAACUCAAAACACGGCCACAUCUACUACAACUUAGUGGCUGUCCCAAGCUACGGCUCUAAUGAUUUCUACUUAGUCACCCCCAUCUGAAUCUGGCUGGCUGUCCUUCAGUAUUAUUCCCCCUCUCGCUCUAAUCUCUGCAGCUACGACCUGGGGUAAAAAUGGCGAUGUGACACGUCAUGACAGUAUCCCCCUGAGCGACACAUUGCCCGAGGCUCGCCAUACCCUGUAGCAGCUCGGCCUCACACGUAGCCCCAGUGGCAAUGUCAGACGCCACCAAAGGUACAGUCCUGCCCUGCAGACAACUACGUCAGGUAACAUCAAACCUCCUCUAUAAAUACCCCUGAGUCCUAAGCAAAAAGGGGAGGACACACUGAACACACGGAGGUUUCUCCUCCUCCUAAACCCCCUCCACAUCUUUCGCUAAUUUGAUCGUCGAAGGGGUCGGGUCGAGCACCCCGACCCGACCUUUGUGCAGGUGCGAAGCUUUCGGAGAUCCCCGCCUUCGGAGAUUCAGCUUGCUCGAGGAGCGCCCCCACGGAGGUCUCCAUCUUCCGGACCCAAACCAAGCCGUGACGGCCCCGAGG